ACUAAAUCUUGUCUGCUUUAUUUCAUAUCGGAGUGAUCCAGUGAUGCUAGGCUAGCGGCUAACGGCUACUCCCUGCCCCCCUUUUCCUGUGUUACUCCGCUGUGGCGGAAGUAAGUCGUAUCGCCGAGGCCUCAUCCUUCCAAUGGCGACUGCAAACGGGCUGAGCAGCAAGCGGGAGCAACUGUGGAGGGGGUCAGCGCUGUGUAUCCGAAAUUAAAUAAAUAUAUCACCUUUUCCAUAGCCACAAAGUUAGCCUAAGAUUUGUUUAACCUCUCCUAAAAAUCAAGGCCGAUUCCAUGGCCAAAAAUCGGAACAUUUCGCUCCUUGAGUCGGAGCUCUAUUACUUGAUUUCUCGUUUUCUAACAACGGGUCCGUGUCGGAGAGCGGCUGAGGUCCUCGCAAGCGAACUAGAGGAAAAUCAGCUUUUACCUGGAAGAUUGGACUGGUUUGGAAACGAGCAUCCGAGAACAUACGAAGAUGUGGUCACAGCCAACAGACAUAUUGCACCUGACCAUUUGCUACAGAUAUGUAAACAGAUUGGACCCCUCCUUGACAGAGAGGUACCAUCAUGCGUCCCAGGAGUCCACUCCCUUCUGGGAUCUGGAAGGCAGUCGAUGCUCAGGACAGCUAAAGACUGCGACGGUAUGCGGUUUAAAGCUUCAUCAUAUGCAGCCCUUCACCGGGGCAGACCACCAGAGAGGCCUUUGAAAUGCAAACAACCUCCGCACCUUGUAGAGGUACAUCGAGGGAGAGAGCUGACAGGAGUGCAACGCUUUAGCUCCAUCAGUCCUGUCAGCAACUAUGAGCACAUGCGUCUGCACAGGAGGAUCCUGGGACAUCUGUCAGCUGUCUACUGUAUCGCAUUUGAUCGCACUGGACUCAGGAUCUUCACAGGCUCAGAUGAUUGUCUUGUGAAGAUUUGGUCUUCAUUUGAUGGAAGGCUUCAUUCAACAUUGAGAGGACACUCUGCAGAGAUCACAGACUUGGCUGUCAACUAUGAGAACACACUAAUAGCUGCAGGAAGCUGUGACAAAACCAUCCGUGUGUGGUGCCUUCGUACCUGUGCCCCCGUGGCUGUGCUGCAGGGACACAGUGGAUCCAUUACCUCCCUACAGUUUUCACCAUUUGCCAAGGGCUCCAAGCGUUACAUGCUGUCCACUGGAACUGAUGCUACUGUCUGUUUCUGGCAGUGGGACGCCAACAACAUCAACUUUAGUGAUCGGCCAUACAAAUUCACGGAGCGGCCAAGGCCGGGGGUUCAGACCGUGUGCUCCUCCUUCAGUCCUGGUGGGAUGUUCUUAGCAACAGGAAGUACCGACGAUGUUAUCAGGAUAUAUUACCUGGGAAACGGGAGUCCAGAAAAGAUUUCUGAGCUCCAUGAGCACACGGAUAAAGUUGACAGCAUACAGUUUUGCCACUCAGGUGAAAGGUUUGUAAGUGGAAGUCGAGAUGGAACGGCACGGAUCUGGAAGCUCCAUCAGCGUCAGAGGUGGAGGUGCAUCCUGCUCAACAUGUCUGCCACUCUUCCAGGUGCUGAACUCGUGAGUGAAGAGGAAAGCUACUUCAAACCCAAAGUUACCAUGGUAGCGUGGGAUCGCCAUGACAAUACAGUCGUCACGGCUGUUAACAACCAUCUCCUUAAAGUGUGGAACUCCUACACAGGGCAGCUGCUACACAUCCUCAAAGGCCACGAGGCCGAGGUGUUUGUCCUCGAACCACACCCCUUCGAUGCGAGGAUCAUCCUGUCUGCUGGACAUGACGGGAACGUCUUCAUCUGGGAUCUGCAGCGAGGCACAAACACGAAGCAUUAUUUCAACAUGAUUGAAGGUCAGGGUCAUGGAGCUGUGUUUGACUGCAAAUUCACUCCCGAUGGUCAGCGCUUUGCGUGCACGGACUCACAUGGCCAUCUGCUUGUCUUUGGCUUUGGCAGCUCCAAGCCCUACGAAAAGCUUCCAGACCAGGUCUUCUUCCACACGGACUACAGACCACUCAUUCGGGAUGCUAAUGGCUUUGUGCUGGAUGAGCAGACACAGCAGGCACCUCACCUAAUGCCCCCGCCAUUCCUGGUGGACGUAGAUGGAAACCCUCAUCCACCGAGAUACCAACGUCUCGUUCCUGGGAGGGAAAACAUUGCUGCUGAACAUCUGGUUCCACAGCUGGGUUACAUAGCCACAAGUGAUGGUGAGGUGGUGGAGCAGGUCAUCAGCCAACAGACCGCCGAGCACGAGAUGGUUACGAUAAGACGCAGCAGCCUCCUGGAUGAGGCCGUCAGACAUCUUCAGGAGCAGCAGGACCGGCAGAACCAGCCUCGAGCUGAAACCACGCCGGGUUCUAGAACAGGACCAACCGAAGGCCACGGCCCAGUGUUGGCACCAGCACCAAGCACUCCACGCAGAGUGUCUGUGAACGAGCGGGCAGAUGUACAGUCCUCUCCUAACGUGGGCUUGCGGCGCAGCGGACAGGUGGAGGGCGUGAGGCAGAUGCACCAAAAUGCUCCUCGCAGCCAGAUGGCCACAGAGAGAGACCUUCAGGCCUGGAGGCGUAGGGUGGUGGUACCUGAACUGGCAGCCAGCAGCUAUAGGGACCAGCAGGACAUCCGAGUAGCCAGAGGAGACGAGGAGGUGGUUCUGUACAACACAAAGAAGAGACGGAUCAUCUACAACAGCUGUCGAGACGAUUCUGACGAGGAGCCGUCCACAGUGAAGCGAACCCACAACCACAGAGGUUCCCCAGAAUUAAUCGAGUUCUCGUGUGAAGAGGGAGAGGAGACGGCCAGUUCAGUUCACUCUGAGGAGAAUGAAUUAGAUGGCAGUGAACUGGAGUCUUCCAAUGACGAGGAAGAGUGGAACAGCGACAGCUCAAGCCACACGUCCAGCGAGUACUCGGACUGGACAGCAGAUGCCGGCAUAAACCUGCAGCCCUCAACCCCCUUGUCGUCACGGAAACGAGCGAAGAGCAGACUCAUCAGCUCUGAAGAGGAGGAGGAAGAAAAUGAGGAGGAGGAGAAGCAGCAAAGUGACGAGGAGAAACCAGGAAAGAAGUGCAAAGAGAACUCAAAGAAGGCAAAGCCCAAGUCGCCCAGGCGUCCAAAGACCAGACCCUCCAUCAACAGGGAAGUGUCCAAUGAGUUCAGACCUUCAGCGUGGAUUACUGACGUCAUUCCCAGGAAGUCACCUUUUGUUCCCCAGAUGGGUGACGAGGUGAUCUACUUUCGUCAGGGACACGAGGCCUACGUUGAGGCUGUGAGUCGGAGUGAGCUUUACCCCAUCAACCUGGAGAAGCAGCCAUGGAAAAAAAUGGAGCUGAGGGACCAAGAGUUUGUGAAGAUCACUGGAAUCAAAUAUGAAGUUUGUCCUCCGACGCUGUGCUGCCUGAAGCUGACUCUUAUUGACCACGGCACGGGGAAAAUCACUGACAAGUCAUUUUCAGUCAAGUAUCAUGACAUGCCAGAUGUGAUAGAUUUCCUGGUGUUGAGACAAAGUUAUGAUGAAGCUCUUCGUAGAAACUGGCAGCCAAAUGACAGAUUCCGUUCAGUGAUCGAUGAUGCCUGGUGGUUUGGGACCAUCGACUGUCAGGAGCCCUACCAGCCAGAAUACCCAGAUAGCCUCUUCCAGUGCUUCAAAGUCAGAUGGGACAAUGGAGAGACUGAGAAGCUGAGUCCCUGGGAUUUAGAGCCUAUUCUGGAUGAUGCUGAGGAGCCGGAGACCGAGGGAGGCGGCAUCCCGGUGACGGCAGAAGAGAUGAAAGAACUGAUGUAUAAGCCUUUACCUGGGGAGUGGGGCGAGAGGAGCAGGGAUGAAGAGUGUGAACGCAUCAUCUCUGGCAUCGAUCAGCUCAUUACUGUCGAGAUUACAGGUCCGUUUUCUGGUCCGGUGGACUUGGUUCAGUAUCCCACCUACUGCACCGUCAUCGCCUAUCCCACCGAUCUGGGCACUAUCAAGCUGCGUCUGAUGAACAGGUUCUACAGGCGCCUCUCUGCUUUAAUCUGGGAUGCCAGGUAUAUUGCACAUAACGCUCGCACCUUCAAUGAGCCGAGGAGCAAGAUUGCACACUCUGCCAAAAUCAUCUCGCAUGUCCUCCAGAAAUUUGUCAAUAAUCCGAGCUGCACAGAUAUCAUGGAGAUUUACAACGCUGUGGAGGACAUGGACGAGGACGAUGAGGAGGAAGACACUGAAGCACCUGGAACAUCUUCAGGACACAGACUGCGUCAGCACUCUGUGGAGGUGCUGCCAGACAGAGAUGCCUGGAAAGAGCAGUGCAAGAGUCUGAUAAAUUAUAUCUUUGACUGCGAGGACUCAGAACCGUUCCGACAGCCGGUGGAUCCUGAGAACUAUCCGGAUUACUUUGACAUCAUCCACACACCAAUGGACUUUGGCACAGUGAAAAGAACCCUGGAGGAGGACGGCUACGAAAACCCCGUCGAGCUGUGCAAAGACACACGCUUAAUAUUUGUCAACGCUAAAGCGUACACACCCAACAAACGUUCCAAGAUUUACAGCAUGACUUUGCGACUCUCGGCCUUCUUCGAGGAUAAGAUCAGAAAUAUCAUUUCAGAGUACAAAACUGCCAUCAAAAGCAGCAACAGACUCCGCCGCAGUCAGAGGUUUCGCACGAAAACGCAGCAGCCAGAUCAGCCCUCUAGCGCUUCGAGUCAUAAAAAGCCUGCUGUCAAAACUCAGGAAAAACUGGAGUCUGUAUUCCUAACCAAAUCUACCUCAGCCAAAGUUUCGGUUCCUGAGAGAGCCAGGAGGAGUCGGAGCAGCAGCUCAGGCCACAGCUCCUCGGAGGAGGACUCCAGCUCCAAAGCGGCCUCGUCUACACCUGAAUCUGUAAGUGAACCUAAUGAUUCAGAUGAAGAGACGCGACCCGGUUCAUCAAAGCAACAUCACAAACAGAGGAAGACUGUGAGAGUUACAAGGAGCAAACAUUCCAAGAAGAGGAAGAAGAAGAAAGCUGCCGAGAGUGACAGUGACGAUGACGAAGAGGAGUCUGAGAGUAAAGGUGGAGAAGGGAAAUAUGGAGGGGCGUCCUCCCAGUCUUCAGAAGGUCACUAUCCCAGCAGGAGGACGAGGUUGAGCAGAAACAGAGCUGCUGGAGACAGAAAUCCAACUGAUUUGUUUUCAGAGAGCAGAGUGGAAAUAAACGGCCACAGUAGCAAGGCGUCAGGCCGGGAGAGGCGUCCCCAUGGGAACUCUCCCCAGGAGCGGAAGGUGACCACCCACAGGUACCUCAAAAGGAAGACGGCAAGGGCUGCUGUUAAUAAGAUGAAACUCCUCGAAGCAUCUGAUGAAGACUUUGAAGAGGAGGGCACGGAGCAGAAGAAGAGACCUAAACGGAGCAGCAACCGUCCUCACCAGCUAGCUCGUACCAGCAAAUGGGCUGCGGUGAUCCAGAGCAGCUCAGAUGAAGAGUCGUCAUUAAGUGGUUCUCAAAACACCAAGAAAUCCAGUGAAGAAUCCAAGGGUGAGGAUGGUGUUGAUGACACCGAUGCUUCAUCGUCCUCUGAGAUUAAACUAAACGGAAACUCAAAGUUCCUCCCACAGAAGACCAAGACGAGGGGAAAAGAAACGUUGUCCCAUGUGAACGGACAUGGUGGAAAGCAUCACCAGAGUAACUCGGAGCAGGACGAGACUACAGCCGUUAGCUCUGGGGAGGAGGAUCAGAAACCCUCUAGAAGCACAGCAACCACUUCAGCCAGAAAUAGUAGGAUUGUUAGUGAAGAGGACGAGGACGCGGAACGCCAGACCACUCGACACAAACCUCCUGUGAGCUCCGAUAAAGAGAACAAUUCCCAGAACCAUUCACGCCAAAAUGGGAGAAAUGUGGAAAAAUGUCUCCACGGGGACUCAAAGAAAAAAAGGAAAGUUUCUCCUUCAAAAAGCCAAGACAAACAAAAAUCCGCCUCGGCUACGGAACUGGAUGGUGCAGGUUCAGAAGAUGUCAGCGAUUCUUCAACAAGGUUCAACCUGCAGAGGAAAGGAGCGAAAAAGAAGGAAAUGGAAAAACACGACUCCAGUGAUGCAUCUGACUUUGAAACAAAGAGGCCAACGAGAAACAAAAAUAAACGGCUUCACUGCAGCACCUCUGCUUCAGAGAGUUCUGGGCAGGAGUACAAACCCAGCAGGAAACUGAGGAGGAAACGCUCCACUGGAUCUUCAGACGAAGAGUCGGAACAUUCUGACGACCUUUCAAACAGACGGCCCAGACUCCGAGCUCUACCGAAAAAGAAAUACAUCAUUGACAACUCUCUUUCUGAGGAAGACUCUGCUCCAACAGCCCGGCCUAGACAGAGAAAUGGAAACAAGAGAGUCUUAGAACCACCGGAAGUGCGGUACAACACAAGAACAUCUAAGAAAACUUCUCCAGGUGAGGGCAGGAAUCCGCUCUCCUCAAAGAGGAAACGGAUUUACACCUCAGAUUCUGAGGAAGAGGAGGAUGGAGACGGGGAUCCGGUAAAACAGAACAAUAAACACCGCAGGUCAGGCUCUCUAACACACUCUGAAAGGGAAUCCAUAAAAGACUCAUGUGACGACGAAGGCAGCAGCUCUUCAUCUGGCUCCAGUCAGGAGGAGGAGGAAGAGGAGGAGGAAGUCAGUCGAUCGAGGAGGAAGAAUAUGAGGCAGCCAAAGCCUAAUAGAAGGAAAAGCUACAGCAGCAGUCGACACAGCUCCGACUCAGAGAAGGAGCAGUUGUCUUCAGCCUCCGAAAACUUCUUUUCCAGCUCAGGGUCCCACAGCAGUCCAAAGAGGAGAGUUCGAGCAGGGAUUGGUGAAAGGGCCGCAGGCCGCCAGCUCAGGCGGCGCCACCAGAGAGCCGCAUCCAACAAAGAGGAAGACAGCGAUGCGACGUAUGGCAAAGCGCAGAGGAAGGUACGAGUCAACACCAGGAACCGCGGGAAGCGGACGGUGAAUUACCAGGACAGCGAAUGAUGACCCGGUGGGUGUUCGCUGAAGAGGUUAAGGACACAACGCUAUGGUAGCAGCACUGGAGUCCUCGAUACAACGCUGUGAAUCUGUUUCAUUCAGGGAUAUUUAUAUUUUCUAUGAAAAACAUGUUUAUAGAUGUUAUACACAUUCAAGCAUCUGAACUGCUGGUUUUCCUACAGACAUGAGCAGAACACCCCCCACCCCCUACCGCUUGUUGCAGUUUGAGCGGCGGAACAGCCGCUCCGGGGAAAUCUCGUCAGCUUGGGUGCUACCUAAUAUACCUCUCUGUUUAAUCAAGCAUAUUGCUGGCUUGCACUAAGGAACACUGUCAUGAGGUAUUUAAUACACUAGUUUUGCAUUAGAAACUCAGGGGUCAGCUAAGUUUACUGUUGUCUUGAGACAUGCAGUUUUAGAGCGAAGGGAAUGAUGAGAAACUGUUUCAGAUGGGCGCGUCUGAGCACGCGGCCUGGAACGAACAUGACUACAGCACUCCUUUGUAAAUCCACACUUAAAGCUUGACUGUAUUGUGAGAUGUGAGCCAAAUAAACAAAAACAAAUUCUCUUCCCCACACUUUUUUUUCCUCUUCUUUUUUCGAUCCGUUUGUAUUCUAGUGCGUAAUGUAAAUAUGUGGUCAAGAGUGAAAUUGUCUAAACAGCUUGACGAUCAGUCUGUAACAGUGUUUAUUUAAAUUUAGAGGGGUUUUUGUUACGUUUAUCUGAUAAAUUUUUUAUGUUUUAUAUUUUUUGUCAUGUUAUAAUUUGGUAAGGUUUUUUUUUUUUUGCCAAGUACAAAUAACCAAAAGUACUUUAAACAAAAUACUGAUUUCUCAUAUUGGGAAGACCUUUCUAUUGUUUUGUGUUACUUUCAGUGUUAAAUUCUUUUCCAGAGUUGACUUAAACUUGUUGCCAGUCAUGGGUUGUUUUUGUUUGAAGUUUCUAAAAAUAGUCACUUAAUGACUAUUAUCAUCCAUGUUUUUUUCAUACUACACCUUUAAUAAAACAAUGACCGUAAAACUUGA